UGGGCCUUGAGUUGGGAGUGAAAUUAUAUUACAUAUGUGUAUUUCAUAUGGUCGGACGGUUCAUAUUUCUAUGAACCGUUUUUGGUCCUGUGGGUUUGUAGAUGAUUGAUUGACACAUUACAGUAGGAUCCACUUUGAUCACAUCAGGCCUCAACCGGAAUCGAGGAAGUAGGAACCUUUAAAAACGUGACACACCGGAACUUGUUUCAUUACGGAAUGUUUUUGUGCGGGCUCCUUGUUGAGGUAAAAACAUUCACCGGGUCUUUCGAUACGUGUACCGGGAAACAGCGGCCGAGUCUCGGCUCCACUCUCACUGAAGAUGGUUGACUGGAGUCCGAUAGCGAAGGUGUACGAUCCGCUGAAGGCCGGCAGCAUUGACGGCACGGACGUGGAGCCCCAUGACCGAGCGGUAUGGAGAGCGAUGGGUGUCCGAUAUAAGCCCAACAAAGGUGUAGUUGGAGACCCGCUGCUCACCCUGUUCGUGGCCCGGCUAAACCCCCAGACCACGGAGGACAAACUGCACCAAGUGUUCUCCAAGUACGGAGACAUCCAGCGGCUCCGGCUGGUCCGGGACAUCGUCACGGGCUUCUCCAAAGGGUACGCCUUCAUUGAGUACAAGGAGGAACGGUCUGUGGUCCGGGCCCGAAGGGACGCCAACAAGCUCGUGGUGGACCAGCACGAAGUGUUUGUGGAUUUUGAACAGGAGAGGACCCUGAAGGGAUGGGUGCCGAGGCGGCUCGGAGGUGGACAGGGAGGAAAGAAAGAGUCCGGACAGCUGCGGUUCGGCGGCAGGGACAGGCCUUUCCGUAAACCCAUUAACCUCGGGAUCGGUCCGUUACAGGAACGGGGAGGGGGUGGUGGUGGUGGUGGUGGAGGGGGGAGGGAGUGGGACAGACACGGAGGGAGAGACCGGGAGGACCGGGACCGACACAGAGAGGCCGAGUGGGGCAGCAGAGGCAGGAGAGAUGACCGGGACAGAGGCAGAGAGAGGGACGAGCGCAGGCACGGAGACAGGAGCAGGCACCGGGACAGGAGAUGACUGUAAAGUGCUGAUCACUGGACAGAGGUGUUGAUACUCGCAGUCCAGCUGCCUGUGUGCCUGCACACUGGAGACCGGGUGUAUGGAAGAAGCAUGUCAAUGAACAGAUGACCUCCUUAUGGUGGCAGUGAACUUCUCUCAGUGAAAUCUGACAUUACAGCACAGUGGUGCUUUGUUGUGUUAGAAGCAGCAUUGUACAGGACAUCAUGACAUGUCUCUUGCAUUUUAAUGAGGUCCAGUGAAGUGAAGCCUUACAAGCAGUGAAUAACACCGACAGAAUCUGCAGCUAAAACAUCCAAAUGUUACUGUUUUUUAAAUUAUAUAUCUAUAGUAGCUGCAAAUCUGAUUGGAUCUGUUCAUAAGAAAGACAAAUUCACACUAUUUUGGGUCAUUUCUGCAGCAUAGACCAAAAUCUAGUUUCACACAGUGGUGUCUCUUCGCAUCAUUAAAACACAUUGUAUCUGAAAGGGCCUUUAGAGAUAGAAGGAAUAUUUUUGUACAGCGGAUUCAUUGGAUUUAGGGUAGUGUUUCUCAAACUUUUUACACCAGGUGCCACCACAGAAAAGUACCACCAUUAUAACAGACAUUAGAAUACAGCAGUAAGCCAACUCUAUUCAGCUACAGAUAGUUUACACAGGAGGUGUAAUCCUUUUAAGAUCAUCAAAUGUUGACUGUUAUUUAAUUGUGAAUAAAACCAGAGCUGCUUUGUUGA